AUGCCUUGCACCGAAAUUUGCGAUAAUAUGUCAUCGCUGGUCGAUGAUUCUCUUUCGUUCUCCCGGCAGGUCCGGCAGGAAAUUGACGAACAAGUCCAACGUGCCCCUAAUUCGAACUACGACAUGACUUUAAGCUCUAUUAUUCAUGUCAUCAGUGCCCAGUACACACAAAACACGACAAACUCCUGGGUCACAAUUGAGCACCGGCUCCAUGACCUGUGGUACAUUGUCAUCCAGGCAGCCAAGAGCAUCGAGCCUCUGAAUCCCGCUCAAGAUACACUCAUUCGUCACAUAAUGCUUAUGAAGGCCCUAGGACGCCUGCGGCGUGCAAGUUCACCUCUCAGUCCGACGAUUGCGAACAAAGGCCUUGCCGGCUUCUCCGACGGGGCCGAACUGUGGUCCGGUCUUCCUCUGCUGGCCAGGGAUCUGACAGAGGAAUUUUCAACCUACCGCUAUUACCAAGACGCCGUUUAUGACAUAGAUAAGCGCAAGAACCUGAGUGCAUUCAUUGGACGGCUCCUGUCUGUUGGCCUCUACGAUGGAUCUGCGCUCUGUGCGCUAUCACUCUUCCGCGAAACGCUGGAGACCCCUCGACCACUGGUGGCCGAUGAAAGCAGCGAACCGACGCCAGACACUCUGUGGGCCAUCGAGGACCUGAUUUACCCCCUUCAUCAUCUGGUCAUUGCCUCCGACUUCAGUCUUACCAUUUUGAGCAGUAAGCGUUCUGCAGCUGUCGCUGUUACCGCGUCCACCGUCAACCCUGCCGAUUACCCGCACUUGGCAGGCCUUGGUGAACUAGCCGUCCAGGCCGGUAUUCCAAGCUCUUCAACAGGGUUUAGUCCCGAUAGAUGGAGGUUCUGGAUCCAGAGAUUGGAGGAGCUGACGCAGUGCGGAAUCAACCACGUCGCUGGUGAUGCGACGUCGUGUCUAACGGUCAUGCAAAUGGCACAGGAGGACACUAUGUUACUUUAG